ACCAUUAUAGUGAAAAUAUUUUAAAUACUAACUUGAUACUUGUACAAAACUUAUAGUCAGUACCACUUCACUAUAGGUUUACAAAAUUGCCAAUUAAGAAGGAAGAAGAAUAAAAGGAUUAUUAUUAAAAUCUAGAAUCUUUCCCGAUUAUAAAAUGAAUCACUGUUACUUAUUGAUGGCCAUUCUAAAUGGUUUGCAUUCAGGAGCAAAUUCAUACACCUUUAAAGAUGCUUCUAAGUGGAAAGAUGAAUAUCCAGAUUGUGGUGGAAAAAAUCAAGCUCCUAUUCUUCUUAGGCCACGGGAAAUGAAAGUUAAGAAUGAUUAUGUGCUGAAAUUUAUAAAUCAUGACAAAAAACCAACCAGCAUGAAAAUAAAAAAUGAUGGACAUUUUGUGCAAGUAACUGGUGUUUGGCCUGGAGCCGUACCGUCAAUUAUUGGUGGACCACUGAAUAACGAAUACAAAUUUGAUAGAGUGGAUUUCUUUUGGGGUCAAUCUGAUACUGAGGGUAGUUUGCAUAAAAUUGCAGAUUAUGAAACAGGCGAGCCAAAUGGAUAUGCUCUAGAAAACCACCUAAAUUACUAUAAUCGAAAAUAUGACACAUUCGAGGAUGCUAGAAAAGAAUCAGACGGGAUUGCAGUUGUUUGUUUAAUAUACAAAAACGUUGUUGCAGAUAAUCAGAUUGGCACUGGAAAUUCUUCACUUAAGCCCUUUGAAAAAAUUUUGGGUAAAAUACAACCGAUAAAUUCAACAGAAAAAGUGUCACCAUUCCCCUUGUCAGACAUGAACUUAGCCACAGUAUCCCUAUACUUUACUUACAAGGGAUCACUUGUUAUUCCGCCCUGCACGGACUCUGUGAAUUGGAUAAUAUCACAGUAUAUUCAAAAUGUGACGGAAAAAGAGGUAAACUUAUUCAGAAAAAUUCAUUUGGAAGGAGGGGAUAAGACAAAUAUCAGACCUAUUCAGCAACAAAACAAACGUGAUGUUUAUUACUUGGAAGUGAAAGCAGAAUAAUACUAAUUAAUUAGUACAUCACAAUCAAUAUAAAUGAGCAAUCCUGUAAUCCAUAUUGAGAAAUUAAUAAAAUUGGAUUC